GGUGGUGCUGCUGCUGCUGCUGUCACCUUAGCAGCAGCGAGCGACGUCGGUAGUGCUGUUGCUGAUAGUAAGGGGGGCGGUGGCGUGUGACGUCUGGUGGUGUUGGAUAUUCAUUUCUUCUGUUAUUCAAAGCUGUUGCGCUUAGUGCCUAGCAGCGUUGUUUAGUGACCCCCACCGCUAACUCAAUGUGAGACAGCCGAGAGAAAAAAAUUUCCCCCGCAAAUACACAAUGUUGACCAGGCGCUUAGACAGGAUCGUAUCGUAAAACCAGGCUUCAAAUAGUCCCAAGUUCCAUAUCGCAUACAGAUCACAUCUACUGCUUUCUAAACUGCUGCGCAAUUCAUGGAUUACGGAUUAUCUAACCUCUUAUAUUGGAUUAUUUUGUUGUCAGUAAUAAAGUGUGAAGCAGUCGAAGAUUGCAUUCCAGUAAUUAAUGAGACGGAUUUCAGGGUUCCAGUCAAUCAGACAAUUGUGGUGAGAUGCCAACUGGGAACAUGCCACUACAGAUUUGAAGGUGUUACCUGGAAAAGACAUGGCCGAAAGAUAAACGAUUACACAGAAUCAAUCAGUGAAAUUCGAUACCCAAACAUGACUAAACUCCGUAUUUUAAGAAUGAACAAAUCAUAUGAAGGCGAGUAUGUUUGUUCGAGUGAGUAUUCCAGAAUAUCCAGAAGUAUAUUUAUCCAUGUCAGCGAAUCUUCCAUAACAACAGAGCAUCGAACUGGACCAACUUCACCAUCAACUGGAACUGUAAUGACAGAGACUACGUCAUUCGACGAAAUUUCCUCCUCAGAUGAAAAACUAACUACAUUCCCAACCACUUCUGGGGGUACUACUAUCACAUCACAAUGUAAAACAUUUUGGCCACAUGUCACACUUUUGUAUACUAUUCUCACACUAUAUUUCAUAAAUUGCGAACAUUUCACGUAACAUAUUAAAAAUAACAUUGUGAGCUGCAUAUAUUUCACGUUGUAUUUAUAAAGUUACUAAAUGGUCAAACUUUACAUUCACUGCAGAGCUAUGAACUGCAUUCUUUGUACAGAAUGAAAUUAAAAUGUCCAGCUACAAGUUGUGCAUAUUUAUAUCAAAUAUGAGAAUACAAAACCAAUGAACUACAUACAUUUCAUUGUCUGGUGGAAGCAUAUAAAGUAUAAACAACAAACAUUUCACAUCAUGAUGAAAAUAUACGGAACAGAAACCACAAAUUUUAUCUUGUCUUGUUAGAUUAAACCCUUCAAGACCGAGCCCCAGCAUGGCCAUAGUCAAAUGACUAGAACAAGCAUUGUUAAAGUAGCUCUUAUAUUUUAUAGGAAUAACUCGAUAAAUCUAGGGGUAAGGUGAUUAAAUUAGUGGUAACGCUAUAAUUUCAGGGUUAACACAAUACAUUUUAGAGGUAAAUUUAUGUAUUUUAGGAUAAUGCGAUAGAUUUCAAGGUAAUCCAAUAUGUUUUUAGGGGUAGCGAAAUCCAUUUCAAGGUGACCCAAUACAUUUAGCCAGUUAAACUAAAGUGUACCCGAUAAAUUUAAUGCAAUUCAAUUUUUAGAAAUGAUUGACUAAUUUAUAUACAUAUAAGACGAGAGAUGUUGUGACGUAUAUCAUGUUUUAAUGACAGCACUAAUGAAUGAAGAGAAAUCAAAUUUACAACUAUAGAAAUUAUUUUAUCGCUAUUUUCUUUCUCGAAUUUUAUAUUACAUGUUUUUUAAAUUUUAUUUUUGAAUAAAUAUUUUUCUUUCUUCA